AUGAAAGGCCGCGAGAUUGCCACCACGACAAUCGAUACUUUUGUUCCACGCCGACCACGACCAGGGGAGUAUCACGUCGCCUUACGAAACCUACAAGCUAUCCAAGGAGCUCUGCUUCGUGGGGAUGAACAUGUCACCCUUUUCGAAUGGCCAUCGAUUCCACCAGGAAUUUGGGAUCACGUACAGCGUGCCGAAGACACCAUAGGCGAAGAGGAAGUCAACCCUUUCACAGUUUUUCCAAGCCGCAACGCGCCCUGCGAUCCCUGGUUCUCACAAGAUGCCCGAAACAACAUAGAAAACAAACGUUGGUAUGGCAUGAAAUUCAAGUUUAUCAAGGUGCUUGCCCAGGGUGGUCACGGAUACGCCACACUAUGGAACGUCGUCUACGAUGACAAAUCUGUCAGGAAGGUCGUGAUCAAGAGAGCUAUAGACCCUUUAACUAAUGCCUUCGACCCUCGCAAAGAAGCCGAGUUUCACUUGCGGUAUGACGGUGCCCAACACACGACGCAGGUUAUCGACUUACAUCGCGAGGCAACGGCUAUACACAAUCGUAUGAAAGCCAAAAGUACAUAUUCUUCCGCCAGUAUCAGACAUGGGCAACAUUGGAACGCCGAAGAACAGAAAUGUGUCGUCUUUGAGUAUAUGCAAUUCGGCGACAUGGUCAGCGUCAUGCAAACAGUCGCUGCGAAAAAGGUUCAAAUCCCAGACCAAGUUCUCUGGGGAAUUUGGGAAUGCCUUGUGCUUGGUCUCGCAACCAUCGCUUAUACUCCGUCUAUCAACUCUGGCGACUCCAGUUUCGAAAUGUGGUGGAAGAGAUUCGCAGAAUCUGAUGCGGCACUAGACUUCCUCGACACUAUCGAGACAGGUUGGCAAAUUGAGCACGAUGUUCAUCUCGAUCUAGAAGUGUUCAACGUUCUCGCGGGCCAUGAUCCCGCAACGCAUCCUUAUCAGCCUAUUUUCAAGCUCCAUGAUCUCGGUGCCUGGAGCUUCAAGAUGAACAAGGCUUGGGAGAGUCAGAAUGAAACCGAAAUAUGGUCAAUGAGAGGACCUGUUAAGCUUCAUGGCAUGGCACCGGAGCAAUUCAGUAAAGAGUGGGAUACAAUGCCUGUCAGUAUGGUGGAAUCUUCCUUGAGGCGACGUUAUGGAGGUGAAGACUUGACGAAGGGGAAUCGGGUUGCCGGUCGCUUUGGGGUAUGGACCAACAUCUUUCUUGUUGCCAGAGUUAUGGAAUCCAUCAUGACCGGAGUAUUCAGCAAGUUUCCUUACCAAACUGUUGCCCAUUAUGAUACACAGAUCGAGACAUAUGGAGGGAUGCUUCAGACACCAGAGUUUGAUCACAUCGACCCCUCCUUGCGAGACGUCGUGGCGAGGUGUCUGUACGAGGAGCCACAAUAUCGGCCCCCAAUUACCGAAAUUUUGGCGCAUAUCAGGGAACGAAAGCGUAGACUUCGCUUCAAUGAUCCCCCAGAGUUUGUUACUAAUUGGUGGAAAGCCCUUUUCGAACCUCAAGAGCCAAUGCCUCUCCCUUCACAAAUACCGCCGCCCGCGAGUCCUGUCAAGCAGGCCGUGGUAGCCUCUGCUACGAAAGGAGGCGUAGCAAUCGCGUCUCACAUGGCGCAAGCAGCUGGAAAUCAAGGUGCUGGAAACCAAGGCGCGCCGAAUCACCCUCCAUCUCGGGCUCAACUUCCUCCUCACCUCCGAUACAGAAAGAAGCCUCCAGCGCCUCCUCAAGCUCCUCCUCAAGCUUCUCUUCAGCAACAAAGCGUCCAACCUAAUGUAAAGGAGCCUGCAGCUCAACCUCAAGUUCUUCCUCACCUACGGCACGUUCCUUCUCACCUACGAAACCUUCCUGCUCACCUACGAAGGGUCCAACCUAAUGUAAAGGAGCCUCCAGCCCAGCAUCAAGGCCAGCGUCAAGGCCAGUAUCAAGUUCAGCCUCAAGGCCAACGUAAAGCCCAGCCUUAUGUUCCUCCUCACCUAAGAAGGGUCCAACAUAAUGUAACUCCUUCUGCACUGGAUGAAAAUCUCGCGAACAUAUCACUCAAGCGCGCAACCCAGAUAUUUACUACAAAAGUUGCAUCUGACAUUUCUCCAAAAUCUGUCAAGUCAGGCAGGGUUAGCAAGAAGCCUCAAAAAACUAAGAAGGCCGGGCGUAAAGCGUCGCCUCGGAAGCAUGAUGCUAUUACAGAGUAUGUUGAGAAAGCGUUGCCGGAUAUGCCUGUGGCUAUUCGCAACCUUUGGACUGGAUCGAAACAUCUCGAAUUUCAACUUAAGAAAGAUGGUUUUCCUGGGUAUGCUUUUAUGAAUUGA